AUGCUUCACCUUUCUCACGUCAAUCGCUUCAUCGCGCCAAGCAGCUUGUCGCCUGAGCCUUCACAGCUCCUGCGCAGGCGGCAGAAAUCGACCGUCACCACCAGCGGCAACCUCCACGCAUUCGUUAUGGAGUAUGACCACCGCAGCGCCAUGCCUCGCCUCCGCCGCGGCCCUUUUCACGGAGACUUCUUUUCGCGUUAUUUGUUCAGUGGCUCGCUCGUGGCUGGCGCUUUCACAGCCGGCGGUGUCGCCCUCUUUGUGCUCACCAUUGCGUACAACAUCGGCAAACCCGUUCUCGAUGCCCACCGGGAGCUCCUCUGGAAGAGAGCGGACGCCGCCAACGGAAGGCGCAGCCGCGAAAACGUAGAGGGGCCGGCGGCAACAAAAGAGGACGACGACGACGCCAGUCCAGUGGAGGAGUUUGACGACGUCAUCGAGAUGGAGCAAGCUGAGGACUAG